CAGCGUUCCGUGCGCGAAGCCUGGAGCACUUCCGCCCUGUUGUGAAGUGGGUGUCUCGGUGGAGCCUUGGGGAGCAUUGCCUCUCCUAGGAGCCCCUUGAAGGACACGCCUUAGAUGCAGGAAGACGUUGAACGAGGACAGCCUAGCUGAAGCGAGGUAUCCUGGACCGACCAUGGCCGUGGCCCUAGAACCCCAGACCCAGGCCUCUCACCAGCCAGAGCCUGAAGAACUCCUGAUUGUGAAACUGGAGGGGGACUCGUGGAGAUCAGAAUCCAAACUCCGGCAGGAGGACCAUGUCCCUGUCCCUGGCCCCGAAGCCUCUCGCCAGCGCUUCAGGCAGUUCCGGUACAGGGAUGCGGCGGGACCCCACGAAGCCUUCAGCCAGCUCUGGGCGCUCUGCUGUCACUGGCUGCGGCCAGAGAUCCGCCUCAAAGAGCAGAUCCUGGAGCUGCUGGUGCUGGAGCAGUUCCUGACGAUCUUACCCAGGGAGGUCCAGGCCUGGGUGCAGGAGCGCCACCCUGAGAGUGGCGAGGAGGCCGUGGCCCUCGUGGAGGAUUGGCACCGAGAGGUCCAGGCUGCGGGCCAGAGGGAACUGGACUUGUGUGCAGAAGAGGCCAGGUCCUUAAAGGCAAUGCAGGAAUCUCAGCCUCGUCAGCUGCAGCCGGCGAAUCACUGGCCCGAGGCACAGCGCCAGAAGCAGUGGGUGAAGAAUUCAUGCCCUGACCUUCCCAAGCAUCUAGACGCCAAGAUGGUGCCACAGCCCUUGAAGGAGAGUGCUGUCCUCACUCCCCGAGUCCCUGCUGUCCCGAAGAUGGGGAGUGUUGGAGAUUGGGAGGCAACAGCCGAGUCCCAGGAAGCCCUGGACCCUGGCAAACACACUGAGAAGGAGUUCUGCAAGGACCCCCCAGGAGACGGGUGUGGGAGCGGCGUGCCCCUAGGAGUUCCAGUUUCAAAACCAAGUAUCAACUGCCAGCAAGAGCAAAGACCCGAACUUUGGUGUCCAAGCUUUAUAAAUUCCGGAAAAAGGAACAUUGCAGAUUAUAACCCAGGUAAUGAGCAAACAAGACCAGCUCAGGCAUUGGCCUGGAGAGACUCAAAGGCCUGGGAGGAACCAUACCAGUGGGACACAGAGGACAUGAAGGUGUCGGGUGUGCACUGGGGUUACGAGGAGACCAAGACUUUUCUGGCAAUUUUGAGUGAGUCUCCUUUCUCUGAAAAGCUCCGGACUUGUCACCAGAACCGCCAGGUGUACCGGGCCAUUGCAGAGCGGCUGAGGGCCCGGGGCUUCCUGCGGACCCUGGAGCAGUGUCGCUACAGGGUCAAAAACCUCCUACGGAAUUACCGGAAGGCCAAGAGCAGCCACCCACCAGGGACGUGCCCCUUCUAUGAGGAGCUGGAGGCCCUGGUGAGGGCACGGACGGCCAUCAGAGCCACAGACGGCCCAGGAGAGGCUGUGGCACUCCCCAGGCUGGGGGAUAGCGAUGCAGAGAUGGAUGGGCAGGAGGAAGGGGGCUGGGAGCCUGAGGAAACGGCAGAAGACUGUGAUGGUGAUGACCUGGCCCCUGAUGAGUCCAUCCGGGAGCCCAGGAUCCCAGGGGGCCCAACUCUGUUCCAGAGUCGUAUUGCAGGUGUGCACUGGGGCUAUGAGGAGACCAAGGCCUUCCUGACCAUUCUUAGUGAGUCCCCAUUCUCUGAAAAGCUUCGCACCUGUCACCAGAACAGCCAGGUAUACCGGGCCAUUGCAGAGCGGCUGUGUGCACAGGGCUUCCUGCGGACCCUGGAACAGUGUCGCUACAGAUUCAAAAACCUCCUUCGAAGCUACCGGAAAGCCAAGAGCAGCCACCCACCAGGGACGUGCCCCUUCUAUGAGGAACUGGAUUCCCUGAUGAGGGCGCGGACUGCGUUCAGAGCCAUGGGAACCUUCAGGGAGGCAGCAGAUCUCCCUAGGUCGGGGCACAACAGUACUGAGGCUGGUGACCAGCAGGCCUGGGAUGAGAUGGCAGAUGAAGAUGCCAUCAAAUCUUUAGCCUCAUGUCCUAAUAUCCCAGAUACCGGGUUUGAGAUGAGGCCUAAGGAUGAAGACCAGAUUUCAGAGCAGGACAUUUUUGAGGAUUUGCCUGGAGCCUUAUCAAAAUGCACUAGAGAGGAUGUUUGCCACCCUCCCGACUGGGGGCAAGACAGUGAAAAUGAAGAGGAAGGUGAAGGGCAGUGGGGAAACACCGAGGAGCAGUGGGAAGAAUGUUCUUCUGAAGAGGACUUAGAAAAACUUAUCGACCAUCAAGGCCUGUACCUGGCAGAGAAACCCUACAAGUGCAAUACAUGUGUGAAAAGCUUCAGUCGGAGCUCCCACUUCAUUGCCCACCAGCGGAUCCACACAGGUGAGAAGCCCUACAAAUGCCUUGAAUGUGGGAAAAGCUUUAGUGAUCGCUCCAACCUCAAUACCCAUCAGAGAAUCCACACUGGGGAGAAGCCCUACAAAUGCCUCGAAUGUGGGAAAAGCUUUAGUGAUCACUCCAAUCUUGUCACCCACCAGAGAAUCCACACAGGCGAAAAGCCCUAUAAGUGUGGGGAAUGUUGGAAAAGUUUCAACCAGAGCUCAAACCUCCUGAAACAUCAGAGAAUCCACUUGGGAGGCCAUCCUGACCAAUACAGUGAGCCUGGGGAAAACUUGGGCCUAAGCUUAUCCUUCAGCGCUCACUGCAGGAACGCUGCAGAAGAGACGUCUCUUGAACAGCCUCAGAGCACCAGUAAGAACUUGAAUUCUGGCCCACACAGCACCAACUCAGGGGAAAAGCUCUACCAGUGUUCUGACUGUGGGAGAACCUUCUCGAAGAGCUCUGCCCUCAUCAGUCACCAAAGAAUCCAUACGGGAGAGAAACCGUAUGAAUGUGCCGAAUGUGGGAAAAGCUUCAGUAAGAGCUCCACGCUGGCUAACCACCAGCGAACCCACACGGGGGAGAAGCCGUACAAGUGUGUGGACUGUGGGAAGAGCUUCAGUGAGCGCUCCAAGCUCGUCACACACCAGAGAGUGCACACAGGAGAGAAGCCCUACAAAUGCCUUGAGUGUGGGAAGUUCUUCCGUGAUCGUUCCAACCUCAUCACUCAUCAGCGGAUUCACACAGGAGAGAAGCCUUACAAGUGCAGAGAGUGUGGGAAGUGUUUUAACCAGAGCUCUAGUCUGAUCAUUCACCAGAGGAUCCACACUGGGGAGAAACCCUACAAGUGCCUGGAGUGUGGGAAGGACUUCAACAAUAGCUCCCACUUCAGUGCCCACCGGAGAACUCACAUGGGAGGGAAAGCAUCUUAGGAGACCCCCCCCACCCUUGCCAUAGCAAAAGAGAGAAAUGUAUAUUUAACUCUUCUCAGAUCGUAAGAUAUAUGCUAGAAACUUACCCAGUUUUUAAGCUUGGUGUAUACCCAGGAAAGCUGUCUUGGUAUGAUCCAGAUUAUUUGGAAGUGAAUUACAAAUGCAAAGGAUCCAGAUUUGAAGGCACUUUCUUUUCUAAAUUUUUAAAAAUUUUUAAUGUUUUAAUUUUAAAAAUUUUUAAUU